GGUGGGUGGGAACCGCCCCCUUGCUCCUGGGUGGCUUACGCCUUGGCCCCUGGCGAGUUGGAGUGGAGCUGUUUCCUGGAGUAAAGGGAAGGCGCGCCGUCCGCGGGCAGGCGGUGCCCUCUUCCUCAGCUGCUUUCUCUGCAGGUCCUGGCCUUGACAGGUGCUGGGGUUGGUGCCUGCCGAGGACGCAUUCAGACUCGGGCCUUACCUCUCUCUGGAGAUUGUGCCUAUGGCUGGGGACAGAAUGUGGUCGUUGCCUUGACGACGGCAGGAUGCGACCGGUGGUCCUCGGAAGCUUGAUCUUGCGGAAGGCAGAGGCCAGUGGGCCUGCCUGCCUGAUUCACGAAGGACCUGUAACUGUGUCCGCAGAAGAAAUCGCAACACUGGGGUUGCUAGUUUGCUAGUCAGCAUCUUUUAGAUCUACUAGCGAGAUGCAUUUCACCUCCAAUUUGUUUCCAAGUUGAAAACACUUGGCUCUUUACAUGUGAAAGAUUUGGAAGAAACACAACAAAAAAAUUCCUUCUGGUUUUAAAUUAAAAUGGAAAAAUAUGAGAACCUUGGAUUGGUUGGAGAAGGGAGUUAUGGAAUGGUGAUGAAAUGUAGGAACAAAGAUAGUGGAAGGAUUGUGGCCAUUAAGAAGUUCUUAGAAAAUGAUGAUGACAAAAUGGUUAAAAAAAUUGCUAUGCGAGAAAUCAAGUUACUGAAGCAACUGAGGCAUGAAAAUUUGGUGAAUUUGUUGGAAGUAUGUAAGAGAAAAAAACGUUGGUACCUAGUCUUUGAAUUCGUUGACCGCACAGUUCUUGAUGAUUUGAAAGUAUUUCCAAAUGGACUAGAGUACCAAGUAGUUCAAAAGUAUUUGUUUCAGAUUAUUAAUGGAAUUGGAUUUUGCCACAGUCACAAUAUCAUACACAGAGAUAUAAAGCCAGAGAAUAUAUUAGUCUCUCAGUCUGGUGUUGUGAAGUUGUGUGACUUUGGAUUUGCUCGGACCUUGGCAGCUCCUGGAGAGGUUUAUACUGAUUAUGUGGCCACCCGGUGGUACCGGGCUCCAGAACUGCUGGUUGGUGAUGUCAAGUAUGGCAAGGCUGUUGAUGUGUGGGCCAUUGGUUGCCUAGUAAUUGAAAUGCUCAUGGGGCAACCCCUAUUUCCCGGAGAAUCUGAUAUUGAUCAGCUACAUCAUAUUAUGACAUGUUUAGGUAAUUUGAUUCCAAGACAUCAGGAACUAUUUUAUAAAAAUCCUGUGUUUGCUAGAGUAAGACUACCCGAGAUCAAGGAAACAGAACCUCUCGAAAGCCGCUAUCCUAAGCUCCCUGAAGUUGUGAUAAGUUUAGCAAAGAAAUGCUUGCAUAUUGACCCGGACCAAAGGCCCUUCUGUGCUGAACUCCUCCACCAUGAUUUCUUUCAAAUGGAUGGAUUUGCUGAGAGGUUUUCUCAAGAACUACAGUUAAAAAUAGAGAAAGAUGCCAGGAAUAAUUCUUUACCUAAAAAAUCUCAAAACAAGAAGAAAGAAAAAGAUGACUCUUUAGGCGAAGAAAGAAAAACACUUAUGGUACAGGAUAACAAAGCUGAUCCAAAAAUUAAGGAUUCUAAAGUGUUUAAAAUAAAAGGGUCAAAAAUGGAUGGAGAGAAAGCUGAAAAAGGAAGAACUUCAAAUGCCAGCUGUCUCCAUGACAACAGGGCAAGUCACAUGAAAGGCUUUCCUUAUACAAACCUCAGAGAUGGCAGUAACAUCAGUGUGGAUCACUCAAGGAAUCCAGGCAUGGCAAUUCCUCCACUGACACAUAAUCUUUCUGCAGUUGCUCCUGGUGUUAAUGCUGGCAUGGGAACUAUGCCAGGAGUUCCAUGUUACAGAGUGGAUGAGAAAACUAAGAAAUAUUGUAAUCCAUUUGUUAAAGCAAAUCAACCUCCUCCAUCAGGAAUGUAUAACAUGAAUGUGACCACACCAGUCUCUAGUGAAAAGUACCUCCAUCAGGCAAAUAAGAAAAGAAAGGAACAUUCCAAAGCAGACGUGCGUUUUCCUGAACUAAACUACAGUCAUCUCCCUGAGCUCAGAGCUUUAGAAGGCAUAGCUCGGAAUUCUAGGCUAAUAAAGAAAGAGAACAAGUCUCUUUCAGAAUUUCGAAUUCCUUCUCUGGCCGCUAUUGACUUGCAUGUUCCCAGUAUUGCAUUACAUCAGGAAUCAGGAUCACCCCUUUCAGAUGAUUCAGAAAGUGAUUUUCCUCGGAUGGAACACCAGCAUUGAGAAUCAUUUUAAUUCUGAACAAGCUCUACUGCUUGGGUGUCUCUGCCAGGAGAGUCCAAUCAAUGUAACUACUGUGCUGGAAUAUCUGCCAGAAGGAGACUACUCUAUAAUGACAGAGAUGCUUAAAAAGUUCCUAACCUUCAUGAAUCUUACUUGUGCUGUUGGAACAACAGGCCAGAAAUCUAUCUCUAGAGUGACUGAAUAUUUGGAACAUUGCUAGCUGCUUUACCUUUGCUUCAGGUGCUUGGUAAUGUUGGAGCUAUCCUUAGACAAAGAAUAGUCAUGAGAGAAGUCCUUGAAGAUAUACCAAGAACAUUCAUCAGUAUCAUUCCUGUUUGGAUUUUUAUGACCACCCAAUUUCUUUGUCAUGCAUUCUGCAUUUGCUAAAUGACAGUUACUGCAUCAAUCUGCAACUAUCAAAAAUGAGGGAAAAGGUUCAGGCUGUUAACACUUCCAUGCAGUAUUUAAAUACACUUACUUGGCAGAGUCUACAUCCUCCCCUUGUUUUCUUGCUUUAUUUUGGGAAAGAUUUAGGGGGAAAAUUUGUGCUGCUGUUAGUGCAACUGCUGUGUAUGUUGAGCUGCUGUUGUCAUGCCAGUCAGGUCCAGAGGCAGCUUAGCUACUGAGGUCUCGAAUGUUCUGAGGACAUUCUAUUUGACAACAGUUUAGUUCCUUUUUCAGGCUCAUUUGCUUUUGCUUUUGUUGAAUGAUUCCAAUCAUAAAUAAAGCUUAAUUUUGUGAAAAAAAAUUUACUGUUAAGUAAACAAAGCUUAAAUUUUAAACCCUCCUUUACACAAGCUCCCCCCAAGGCCCCAGCAGAGGCCUUUUGCAGUAUACAGUCAGUUGAGUUUCUUCAAGUGAGCUAUGAGCAAUCAGUUCAUAUACACUGUUUAAACUGCAGGCCCUACAGAUCAGUUUCAUCAGAAUCAGUCAGCAUUUGCAGAAAAUGAGAGACUAUGCUAUACAAGAUUGUUUAGGUUGGCAGUUAUUCUAAAGAUUGUCUUUAAAAUCUCUAAAAAUGUCUUAAACUCCACAGUACCCGCCCCGCCCCCAGUAUUAACCAACAUAUACAGUGUGAGAAAGCAAAUGACAUAAAGGUCAGUUUCCAGAAAAACCUUCUGUAAAGUGUUUGGUGGUAUAUACUGUGCUUUUAGAUGGUGCUCUAGUACUUGAGAUGAUGCCAUCUUGCAACAAGAGCACUAGAAGAGAUCUGUGGCUUUAACCAUUUCCUUCUGAACGACCUACAUCUUCUAAGAAAGGCUUUGCAGAAGAAGGAAAGACAGACUUCGAAAAUAUUUCAAAGGAAGAUUAAACAAGUGCUCCCCCGACUCUUGUCCCUUCACCUUUCCAAUCUAUUGAUGUUAUUUCAAGAUAUGUCAAUGAAAGGAUAGUGAUAUGGCUCUUGUUACAUGCAUAUGCAUUUGAUAUUAGUAGAUUGUGUAUUUAAGGUUAUCUGAUAUUAAAAGUAAAAGAGGAGAGAAUUGUUAUAAAAAGUCAUGUUAUUUAUGCAUUGAGCUUUGUGUGUUAUCUAUAUAAAUAUUUACAAUUGAAGAAAAUGAAAAAAAACUAGGAUCUGUAAGAGAAAAAUGUUUCCUUUACCUUAACUAUAGGAGCACAUUUAAAAAGCUUGUUUCUAGGCAUUUGGGUGAUAUGCACUGCUGCCCUAUAAUAGAUGUAUAUCUUUGUUUCCAGUCAUUAUUCAUAUUUAGUCAGUGUGUUAGGGGAAUCUGGUCUCUGCUGAUCUUCUAAGAAUCUUGUCAAUCUGACAGAGAAUUUGUUUGUUUCUAAUGACUCUGGUGUUAGGUAGCCCUCUAGUAAUAGAUUCUGGUGCUAAUGUUCCUGUGUGAAAGAACAUCAUUGGAAAAAGCCCACGCUUGUAAGUAUACUUUGGAAUUAAAAACUGCGCUUCAUCGCCAGGCGUGGCGGCACACGCCUUUAAUCCUAGCACUUGGGAGGCAGAGGCAGGCAGAUCCCUGUGAG